AUGGAAUUUUCAACUUUGAUUAAGUUCAUAAUGUUACUCAGCAGUACUCUGCCAUUAAUUGGUGUUGCAGAUUCUAAAAUCGUAGUAAGCGGCAAUCGAGGACGUAAAUUUCAUCUCGGCCUACUGUAUGGAUCGCCAAAUUAUCAAUUUGAAUCAAUUGCGAUUAUCAAUACUUUAACGGAGGCUGCUAACGUUAGCAUUUUCAAUUUAUUCGAUAAAAGUAAAGCAAGUUAUUUUAUUCCUGCUGAUUCGUCAAGAAAAGUAAUAUUUGAUCGAAAGCUUCUGAAUAAGGACGUCGGAUUGACUAAUAGAAGUGUUAUAAUUUCCUCAGAUAAUGAUAUCCAAGUGGACGUUUAUCAAAUGCACCCAUUAAGUGGUGAUGGUUAUUUAGCCCUUCCUACUAAUGCUAUGGGCCCAGAAUAUGUUAUUGCGACGUACACCCCUACUAUUGCAUCACAAUUUUUAGUACUAGCUCACAUUAAUAGUACUGAAAUUUUUAUUAGUUUCCCGAGUGAGACGUCGUACCUUGGUCAAACUUACUCAAGAAAGCGAAUGCUUCAUGUUGCCAUUCCUCAUGAACAUGGAUUCUUUUUUAGUUCCACUAAAGAUUUAACUGGCACUCUCAUCUAUUCUAAUCACGACUUAGUAGUUAUUGCUGGUAAUCCAUGUACUACCAUCCCUUUGGGUGUACAAUACUGCGAUUUCCUGAUAGAGCAACUUCUACCUACUCGUCAAUUGGGUAGAAACUAUCUCCUAGGUAAUUUUGCUGAUAGAAAGUUCGGCGAUAUUUAUCGUGUUGUAGCUGCAUCACCCAAUAUAACUACGGUUUGGAUAAACACUAUCCAGCAAAACUUAACUCUGCCUCAGGGAUCAUUUAUUGAAUUUGAUAUCAUAGGUAGCAACAAUACCUAUCUCAGUUGUAGUCAAGAAUGUCUCGUAGCUCAUUUUAAUAAGGGCUUUCGAACCGAUAAUGUCUUAACCGAUUCAAUGAUGGUUAUAGUUGCUGAUAUGGAACAAUAUAGAUCAGAAUAUGUCCUGAGCACUUUACCAUCAGAGAGUAGUUAUAAUAUAGAUCGGCUUUAUUUGAAUAUCUAUAUUUCAACGAUUUAUAAAGACGGAUUGUUAUUGGAUGGAGUCAUCAUGAAAAGUUUACAGUGGAAAGAAAUUUUUAUAAAUACGACUGUAAAUGACUCAUCUAUAAAUUAUCUUUACACUGCAAUAGCAAUAAAACCUGGCCGGCAUAUUCUCCAUCACAUUAACAAUAGCGCUACUUUUGGUGUUACUCAAUAUGGAUAUGGCCAAGCCACAGCUUAUGGCUUAUUAGCUGGAAUAAAAUUAAAUUUUACUGCUCGAUAUGCUCCUAGGAUUGUCCAACAACCGCGAAGUAUUAAUAUAACGGAAGAUAAAAAUGGUUUUUUGGAAUGCAAUGCAACUGCUUCACCUGAACCCAUCAUAAUUUGGCUAAAAAAUGGAAUAGAUCUUGAAGCUGAUAUAAACGGGACGCACUUAAAAGACUUUCAUCUCUAUGGCAGAUAUAAUUUUCUUCGUGCAGAUGCAAAUGAUGAAGGACAAUAUCAGUGCAAGUAUACUAAUGAUGUGGGCAAUGCAAUCAGUAAAAUUGCAAACGUUUUCGUUUUUCGGCCACCUGAUCCAGUCAGAAAUGUCGAAGUACGCAAUAUUACGUCGUUUGGCUUAAAUAUUUCAUGGCUUCCUCCCGAAUUUGAUGGGCGCCAACCGAUUACGAAUUACACAGUCCGUCUACUUAAUUAUCGAAAUACAACUCUAAAACAUCCUUGUCAAUUCAGUUAUAUCCGUGAUGGAUGCAUUAUUGAAAAUACCGCUACAUAUUAUUCAAACUUAACACCCUAUACAAUUUAUUACUUGGCGAUCGAGGCGAAUAAUAUCGUUGGAGAAAGUCUUUCUCAAUUUAUUAAAGUGUGGACCGAUGAAUUCUACCCAAAAGGUCAAGUUCAGAAUUUACAUGCGCUUGGCUAUAAUUUAACGACAAUUAAAAUAACAUGGAAACCUCCAAGAUACCCUAAUGGUAAAAUUGGGUAUCUGGUAUAUCAGUGGAGCAUUUAUCCAAUAAAUGGAACCGAUACAAGAUUAAAUUUUCUCUACAACGGAACAGACACGUAUACUUAUACUUAUGGCCUAUUGAGAAAUUCUACUCGUUACUAUCAAGUGAUUCCGUAUAAUAUCAAAUAUAGUUUAUUCGAUAGCGAUAUUGUCAACGGAACAAAUUUUAUACAAGCACCAUUAGGCUAUUCGCAGAAAAUAAAUGGCAUUCCAGCCUUAUUUUCAAUUCAUCUGACAUGGCUACCACCUCCAGUUUCCGAUCGUGGAGGUGUUAUCAUUUCUUACAGCAUCAAAUACAACUCCAGUAAAUGGAAUCAUAAUAACGUCACUAUCACAAAAAGUGCGAAUACCUCCAUUAUAUUGCAUAAUUUAAUUCCAUUCAUGGAAUAUAAAAUAACAAUUAAAGCCGCAACAGCUGCUGGAUAUGGCCCUGAAAGCCCAUCUUUAUUUAUUACUACACUUCAAGCCGUUCCAAGCGUGCAGCCAUUGCUACAAAAUGUUUCUCUUGUUAACAAUAAUACUAUUAGAAUGGAGUGGGAGACGAUAUCAACGAGAAAUCGUCGAGGUAUCAUCCUUGGUUAUUACCUACUACUUAGAAAUACCCGAUUUGGAACGGUUGAAAAUCGAACCAUCAAUGUAAAUGAAGUCACUACGAUUGGCAAGAAUGAAAAUCUGACCGCCAGUAACCUAUUAUAUUAUUCCUCUUAUAAAGUAUCUUUACAAGCAUUUACUAUAGCUGGCCCAAGUCCUCGUUCGAUCGAAUUCGAUGUUAAUACCCUACAAUCAGGUAUGCGAAUAUUUCUAUGCGGUUUGAUUAAAAUGUAA